AUGGCCGCUGUAGAGCAUAUCACUUCCGCCACUCACCUGCUGAACCUGGAGAAGCUGGGCUCCGCCACGAAAGCCUCGAUGGACAAAGCGAACCUGGCCAGCCUGAAGAAGGACUCCCGCAUUGACCGCGCUCUUAUUUCGUGCUCGCUCCUUCCGCAUCUGGAGAUCGCUGCACACAUAAGACCUGAGGGAUACAUCUCAGACCAUGGCUUCGGCAUCAAGGUCGCUUUCAAGAUCAAAGCAUCAACUCACCUGGGCCCUGGGAUCUGGAGGCUGCAUGCUGCAGCUAUCGGAAGGUCUGGGAUUCGCAAGGCAGUUGAAGCCGCCCUUGCCAAGGCGGCAUCGGGCGGUGACGGUGACUUUGAGCUGCUGCUGGGGAGAUUGAACGCGGGUCUGCGAUCAUACAUGAAGGAGGAGAACAAGCGAGUCAGGAAAACCACGACUCACCUUGCCGAGGUUGUGGCGCAGCUGCACCAGGAGCAGAUGCGGUACCCCAGUUGCCAGAGGACGAGGGAUCUGCUGACGGUUAAGGACACGCAGCUGCGGGAAUACCAUGCGUCUAGGAGAGACCGCCUUCAUAUGAUGACCGGCACGAGCACGGAGCUGGCUGGGGAGGUCCCCUCUCCGUUCCUCUCGGCAAGGAUCAAAGCCAGGAAGCAACGGACGCAAAUCUCAGAACUAAAAGUUGGCAGCUCAAAAAUCACAGGCUCCAAAGAGAUUUUGAAAGCAGCAACAGAGUAUUUCACAGACCUUUUUGGCGCGGAUGGGCGGACGUCGUCGGCGUGCUGGAAGCCUCUCCCAGGCAGGACGCUGAAUGCUGAGGUGGCUCAAACGCUGGAAGCGGACUGGUCGGAGGCAGAGGUGCAGCAGGCCUUCAAAGCGCUGGCGAAUGGGAAGUCCCCUGGGAAAGACGGGCUCCCGAAAGAGCUGUUUGAGAAGAACUGGGAUGUCCUCGGGGGCGAGUUCUUGAAAAUGGCGCAGAACUUCUCCGAAACAGCGUCGCUUCCUGCAAGCAUCAAAGAAGCUGUCACCAUACUGCUUCAUAAAAAGGGCGACAAAGAUAACCUGGACAACUAUCGCCCGAUCACCCUUUUGAACUUCACUUACAAGGUUCUGGCGCGGGUGGUGGCGAAUCGGAUGAAGCCGUUCUUGCACAGGGUUAUCUCGGCGGAGCAAUACGGCUUCAUCCCCGGAAGGAGAAUCUCAGACGCCAUUGGUGUGGUGGCGGAUGUCAUUGAAGCUGCAAAAAGAGGAAAUGAGGACUGGUACAUGUUGCUGGUGGAUUUCCGAAAAGCUUUUGACUCGGUGUCGCGAGACUUCCUCUUCUCGGUCCUUCGUGAGAUGGGGUUCCCGGACAGAUUUGUCGGUUGGGUGGAGGGCCUGCACAAGGACACGAAAACGCGGCUACUGAUUAACGGCUGGUUGGGUGAAGCGGUGACUGUCAAAUCGGGUGUGCGGCAAGGUUGUCCUCUUGCUCCAUACCUUUUUCUAUGCGCGGUGGAGCCUUUGGCUCACGAGGCAGUCCGACGAAAGCUGGGUCUCUGCAAUAAGGCCUAUCAGAGAUUAGUAUAUGUCGGAUACGCCGAUGACACGACCUUGUUUCUGGAGGGGAAGAGGCAAAUCGCCAGGGCGGAAAAACUCUUGGAGUACUUCGCCGGUUUAUCGGGGUUGAAGACGAAUAAGGACAAAUCGGUCGUCCUGCCGAUUGGCCAUAACCUGGGGAGACGGCCCGGCACGAUAGGCGGUUUCAAGUGGGCUAAAGCGGAGGAAGCGGAGCGAGUCGUGGGUGUCUGGGUCACCCCCUCUGGCAGCAGCGGCCCCACCUGGAAAAAAGCCUUCGAGAAAAUCAUAGUGGAGCUGAUUAAGUGGAAGGCCCUUUUCCUCACCAUUGCGGCGAGAGUGGUCAUAAUCAACGGCUACAUCACGCCAAGAAUUGCAUAUCAAGCGCAGGUGUACCCACCUCCCGAGGACGUGUGGAAGCCGUUGAUGAAGCUGAUUCACAACUUCCUCACAGGGAACAACGCAUCGCCGGAAAAAGGUUUCGUGCUUUGGAACUGGGGACUUCUCACCUCGCCCAAAGCUGACGGCGGAUUGGGGGUGUUGGACCCGGAGAUCCUACUUGCCUGCCUGGCGGCACGGAGAAUUGGGGGGCUGUUGCUGGAGGAGAACGGCAAAAAAAAGGAGAUUAUGCUUAAGGCCGCGAACCUCCCACUUGGAGAAGACACCUUCCUGGCACACGAAAGGUUGCUGAAGCACUGGCCAGGGGUUGACACGCGAUAG